UGUUCUUGUUCCCAAUUUUUGAAUCCGGGUUUAUCAGUAUAAGCUGGAAUACUGAAGAGCGAUAAUAUUCCAAAUUACCUCCUCUUUCUGCUGCUUCCUUUUCUUUAAUGACGUUCCUAUACUGCUAAUUUAUUCCAUCGUUUAACAACAACAGGGUUUUUGCUUCUUCAUAGUCAGAGACUGAUGGUCGGGGCGAAGAGAUCUAUAAAGAAUGUCACAGACAACGAAGAAGAGAAUCUAUCAGUUCCACCCGGAUUUGUGUCAUUGACAUCCCUGAAAUUGAAGAAGAUAGUAACUGAUCCGAAUUCUGCUACAGAAAGGGAUCGUGGACCUGGGUUAGUUGGGGUUCCUCUUAGAAAUUCUGACCUCGAAUCAUUUAAGAUGUCACUUUUACAGAGACCAUGGAUAUCUCAUGGCCAAUUUGAGCGUGUUCGGCAUCAAGACGACUCUGCACAGAUUGGAAAUAACUUGAAAGUUCCUGUUGGUGCUCCCCUCCCCAAAGGAGUGAUACGGGGAUGUGAAAACUGCCAUGAUUGUGUGAAGGUUACUGCUAGAUGGCAUCCCGAAGAUUCAUAUUUGCCUCCGCUUGAUGAUGCUCCGGUGUUCAGACCAACUGAAGAGGAAUUCAGGGACACUCUGAAAUACAUAGCCAAUAUACGACCAAGAGCAGAGAAUUAUGGAAUUUGCCGCAUUGUCCCCCCUCCUUCCUGGAGACCACCCUGCCUUCUGGAAAAUAAAGAGAUAUGGGAAGCUUCAAAAUUUAGCUCGCAUGUACAAAAGAUUGAUGGGCUCCAGAAAUUGUUUUCAAAGAGAAAAGGAUCUAGGUUGCAUGAAAAGAUCGAAACUGCAAUGCCAAAAGAUGCAAAAAUCGGGAAGCUUGAUUCUUCCAAUGAAUGUGUUGGAGAUUCUGAGGAAGAUAAAGCAUUGGAUUUAGUUUCUAAUUUUGAGAGUGGACCUGAAUUUACUCUUAAAAGCUUUAAAAAGUAUGCUGAUGAUUUCAAGGUACAAUAUUUUCGUGAGAAUGACACAGUAGCUGCCUCAGGCCCAAAACGCAGUGAACCACUAAUUGCGAGAGUUGAGAGCGAAUAUUGGAGAAUUGUGGAGAAACCAAGAGAAGAAAUAGAGGUGCUUUUUGGUACUGAGGUGGCUAAUCAGACCAUAGCAAGCGGAUUUCCUGUUGCUACCACUCCAGCAAAAGGUACGGGGAAAUAUGUGAAAUCCGGAUGGAACUUGAAUAAUACUGCAGAGCUCUAUGGUUCCCUUCUUCCAUUUGGAUGCUACAGUUCAUCCACUGUUUCAGUUCCUCAGAUUUUCAUUGGGAUGUGCUUUGCAUCAGAGUGCUGGAGAAAUGAAGAUCACCAUUUGUAUUCAUUAUCUUACAUGCACAUGGGUAGCCCUAAAGUGUGGUAUUCUAUCCCAGGGAAGUGUUUCUUCAAGUUUGCGAAAGUUGUAAAGAAAUGGUUUCCGAAGCUGUCAAAACAUCCCGAGUUGCUCCACGAGCAUGUUGCUCAACUCUCACCCUCAGUUCUAAUCGCUGAGGGGAUUCCAGUAUUCCGUUGUCUGCAAUAUCCCUUUGAAUAUGUUGUCACAUUCCCUGGAGCUUACCAUUCGAAAUUUAGUUGUGGGUUCAAUUGUUCGGAAGCAGUGUGUUUUGCUCCUAUAGACUGGUUGCCUCAUGGCCAGAACAUAAUAGAACAUUAUGCUGGAUAUGGUUUCAAGACGUUGCUCUCUCAUGAUAAGCUGUUGUUAGGAGCAGCAAAGGAAGCUGUGACUUAUCUGUGGGAUUCUCUUACAAACAAAAGCUCCAACUCCAAAAUCCAUUUUUGGAGAAGCGCCUGUGGGGCGGAUGGAACCUUUACAAGAUUAGUGAAGCUACGUGUCGAAAAUGAGAGCAUAAGGAGGAAACACCUAUGCAACAUGCCGAUGUCUAGAUCACUGGGUGAAGUUGAUGAUGCCACUAAACGAGAGUGCUGUAUAUGCUUAUACGAUUUAUACCUUUCUGCCGUGGUCUGUUCAUGUUCCCCUAAUAGAUAUUCUUGCCUGCGCCAUGUAAAGCACCUUUGUUCUUGUGGUUGGACAGCCAAAGAGUUUCUCUUCAGAUACAAAAUUGAUGAGUUGGAGCUUCUGGUUGAGGCUUUGAAAGGGAACAUGAAAGCUAUAUAUAGCUGGGCUAAGAAUAUACAGAAACUCGCUACAAGUGAUAAGGAUCAUACAAGAAAGAAUCCCAAUGCCACUUCUUUAUGUGAGUCGAAUGGCUUAGCCGCUUAGCUACCAGAAAAGGUGUGAUGCCUGCUCUUGAUGUGGCCAUCAGUGAGAGGGCUCGUGUCGUGCCAGCCUCUAUGAAAGAAGAGCGUAGGGAUACAACAAGAGCGUCUCCGGAUCAGAAAGCUGUGAUUCUCUUGAGCGACAAUGAGGAGUGAAUCCACCUACAUUCUACCACGCUUUGUUGAUUUAGUCAUAUGUCGUAUUGCCUAUAAAUUUUGUAAGUAAAUAGGAAUGUACUCAUAAUGAUUUGUGAUAUUGAGCUCCUUUGCUCUUAGUAUAAUUUAAUGCAUUUAGAUUAACUGCC